GUCAAAGUCACUGUUUUCACUUGUACCAAACCAAGGCCUUUUUAUGAGCGGCUAGUUGGACCUUGCUCUCCCAGACUGAACAUCCUCAUUCUUCUCUUGGGAGUUGGGACACUAGCUCAACUCCAAAAUCCUGAACCCAAGGAAGAUAAGAGAUGGCUCUAGUUGGUCAGGCUGCCAUGGUUGCGCAGUUUGCAGGAGUCGAUGCCUACGGGCUCAUCAAGAUGAUCGCUGAGGCAGCGCAGAUGGUGCGCAGAAAUAGAGCCACCUGCCUGCAGCUCGCCCGGCGUGCCAAGAUGAUCGGCGAUCUCCUGCACCAGCUCCACUCGGCGCAGCUGAUGCAGCAGCCGGAGACGAGGAACCCGGUGGAGCAGCUGGAGGAGACGCUCCGGCGUGCGCUGCUGCUCGUCAGGUCCUGCCAGGGCCGCGGAUACCUGUACCGGUGCUUCAUGGGGUCGCGGCACGCCGAUGAGCUCCGCGAGGUGCAGGGUGAGAUCACCUUCUACCUCCAGCUUUUUCCUCUCGUCAGCUACGUGGACACAACCCUCACCUGGGUGAGGCUCUUGAACAAAGGUGCUCCUGAACCUUCAUGCAAAGAGGCACCUGUGGUAAGACCAUAUUUUGUGCCAUCCCUGUUCCUCUCGCCGGAUGAGUGGUGCUUGGUAGUUAUCCAGGAAGUAUAUUUUCGCACAGUAUACACACGGUUUACAUCAUCUUCUCUUCUUGUAAAAGAUGUAAUAUCUACUAAUCCGUGUGCGGAACUUUGGCAUCUAUAUGCAGGAGUUAACUGUUCUGCAACUGACUAAUUAUUUAUUUUCUUAUCAUUUCAUUCAAAGGAUUGACAGUUAUUUAGUUAGCACACUGUUUCUGAAAGUGCUAGCUAGUACACUAUUUUGCUUCUCAUGGAACGCGUUAGUGCUUUUGUCUCCGGAUAUUUCACCUGAUCCAAAUCACAGUUGUAAGUUGAUCUUUCGUGUGCGUGCAAAAUAGGUAUGUUAGUAUUUAAUUUUCCUUGCAGAGAUCAUAGUUGAGAUCUGACUAUGUGAAUCUUGGAUACUAUUGUUUGUUGCCACUGAAGUUUUUUGGCGAUUGUUUUGCAUCGGGAAGCUUACAUUUUGAUCCAUCAGGAUCGCAAACUUCCAGGUUCGGAGGCGCAAUUGCUCGUGCCAUUGGAUCACAAAGUCGUUCCAGGUUCGAAUGCAGAGUUGCUGGUCCCUUCACAUGAUGCAGCCAAGGUUCCAAAGGCAGCCUGUGUAUUGCAGCACCACACGUGACUUCGCUUGAAGGCCCCUCUAUUUCUACAUAAACAAAGAAAGGCAAGCUACGAAGCAGCAUUAAUUCUCAACUCUAUUGCUACUGUACAAAUGAUCUGGGCUUCAGAGCUGAAAGGGUAUAGAUAAGCGAAUCAUGGGAACGUUAAACCUUGGUUCAAGAAAAACUUGCCUCCUUAUCGAAGUAAUUUUGACCCGAAGAAACCAUUUUCAAUCUCGGGCGAAAUGCCCGUGACCAGAAUUUACAGGAAGUGCAGAGAUAAUACUAUUGUGUUUCUCAGAGAUUAUUUGAUAUAUUGCCUUAUAGUUGCGCAUGGCCCACUGAUAUAGUCACGUACCAUGGAAUUUCAGCUUCGUCAAAUCUGAGUGUUGUCCUGCUUGUAUGGUUUCAGAAGAAAAUGAAUUUCAGCAGUUUCUGGUGU